ACGUUACUAAAUGUUUAUAACGCGUAAGGCAACCACUGAAAUUGUUAUAAUUAAGGUUUUAGAACAAAAUAGUAUUACUUAGUUGCAACUGUUAAUAUUAAGUGACACUUUCAAGUUUACUUUUUAAAGUUAUGUUUUUAAAAAGAAAAACGCCAGCCGUAACCAAAGAACAAAAGAUAUUUUAUAAAGAAAAUGGUUAUAUAAUUAUUAGAAAUAAUAUUCCGCAUAAUCUAAUAGAUGAACUUAUACAAAGAUUUGUGGAUAUAUGCAAUGAAAGAACUGACUCCGAUGUAGCCAUAGUUAUGAAAGAUUUAUCUUUAAGUAAAAAAGGUGCGAAAGGAGAAUAUCUCAUUAAUAAGGUACAUGACUUUCCUUAUGAUGAGAUUUUAUCAAAAUAUAUAACCUGUAAUGAAAUCUUAGAUAUAAUUGAAGACUUAAUAGGGCCUAAUAUAUCAGCAGUAAACUCUAUGCUCAUAAACAAACCUCCUAAUGCUGAAGAGGACUGUUCGAUCCAUCCAUUACAUCAGGAUUUAAAUUAUUUUCCAUUUAGACCUGCAGAUAAAAUAAUAGGAACAUGGACCGCUAUGGAACAUGUAGAUCAAAAUAAUGGAUGCCUCUAUGUUGUUCCCGGUUCUCAUAAGGGACCUCUCUAUAAGCACAUGUAUCCCGAUGGAACCAAAAAGAAACUAUACCAUGGCAUACAGGACAAAGAUAAUUUACCUAAAACAUUUGCCAUUAUGGAAAAAGGAGAUACAAUAUUCUUUCACCCGUUAAUGUUGCAUGGAUCUGGACCCAACAGAACACAGGGAUUUAGAAAAGCAAUUUCAGCUCAUUAUGCGAGUAACGAUUGUCAUUUUAUCGAUGUGAAAGGAACUCUCCAAGAAGACAUAGGGAAAGAACUAGAGGAUUUAAUAAAAAGAAAAAGAAAUUGGCAUUUGAGCUAUGCAGAAAUAUGGAGCCUGAAAAGUCGACUUGUUAGAGGAAAUCCUGGAACUCUACAAUCACUUCAAUGCCAGCUAUAAGUUAAAUCAGCAAAGUUACCGUGUGUAUGCUUGAUAUCAGUUGAAAUAUAAGAAUACCUUGUACAUAUAUAAUAAUUAUUUUAUAGUAAAAUGGUACAUUUAUAAAA